AUCUCAAGCAGUGCUGCAGCUCUUGGUGUUUAACUCUAUAAAUCCUGGCUCUCGUCCUCUCGGGCAAGCUCACAACACAAACGUUCCUCUCCUUCCUCAUCCCCUGCUGCCUACCUGCACACACCAGGCUACAGCAGCAGCAGGACAGCACCAGCAAUGGUUUCUGCCGGAGGCCAUGGUGGGUACGGCGACACCGAUGAUGACAUGGCCGUCGACUUCCAGGGCAACUCGGUCGACAAGUCCAGGACCGGAGGGUGGCUCGGGGCGGGGCUCAUCCUUGGCACGGAGUUCGCGGAGCGCGUCUGCGUGAUGGGCAUCUCGAUGAACCUGGUGACGUACCUCGUCGGCGACCUGCACCUCUCCAACGCCAGGUCCGCCAACAUCGUCACCAACUUCAUGGGCACGCUCAACCUCCUCGCCCUCCUCGGCGGCUUCCUCGCCGACGCCAAGCUCGGCCGCUACCUCACCAUCGCCAUCUCCGCCACUGUCGCCGCCACCGGCGUGAGCUUGCUGACGGUGGACACGACGGUGCCGAGCAUGCGCCCGCCGCCGUGCGCCAACGUGCGCGGCCCGCGCGCGCACGAGUGCGUGAAGGCGCGCGGCGGGCAGCUGGCGCUGCUGUACGCGGCGCUGUACACGAUCGCGGCAGGCGCGGGGGGACUGAAGGCGAACGUGUCCGGGUUCGGGUCGGACCAGUUCGACGGGCGCGACCCGCGGGAGGAGCGCGCCAUGGUGUUCUUCUUCAACCGCUUCUACUUCUGCAUCAGCCUGGGGUCGCUGUUCGCGGUCACCGUGCUGGUGUACGUGCAGGACAACGUAGGCAGGGGGUGGGGUUACGGCGUGUCGGCCGGCGCCAUGGUGCUCGCCGUCGCGGUGUUCGUCGCCGGCACGCCCAAGUACCGGUACCGGCGGCCCCAGGGGAGCCCGCUCACGGUAAUCGGGAGGGUGCUCGCCACGGCAUGGAGGAAGCGCAGGCUGCCGCUCCCCGCCGACGCCGCCGAGCUCAACGGCUUCCACGCGGCCAAGGUGGCAUACACUAACAGGCUCAGGUGUCUGGACAAGGCUGCAAUCGUGGAGGCGGACCUGUCCCAGCCGGCGAAGCAGCAGCCGACGUCGGCGGCGUCGACGGUGACGGAGGUGGAGGAGGUGAAGAUGGUCGUGAAGCUGCUGCCCAUCUGGUCCACCAGCAUCCUCUUUUGGACGGUGUACUCCCAGAUGACCACUUUCUCCGUGGAGCAGGCCACCCGCAUGGACCGCCACCUCCGCCCCGGCGCCGCCUCCGGCUUCGUCAUCCCGGCGGGGUCCCUCUCCGUGUUCCUCUUCCUCUCCAUCCUGCUCUUCACCUCCCUCAACGAGCGCCUCCUCGUGCCGGUCGCCGCCCGCCUCACGGGCCGCCCGCAGGGGCUCACCUCGCUGCAGCGCGUCGGCACGGGCCUCAUCCUCUCCAUCGUCGCCAUGAUCGUCUCGGCGCUCGUCGAGAAGAAGCGCAGCGACGCGUCGAACGGGGUCGACCACGUGGCCAUCAGCGCGUUCUGGCUGGUGCCGCAGUUCUUCCUGGUGGGCGCCGGCGAGGCGUUCGCGUACGUGGGUCAGCUGGAGUUCUUCAUCCGCGAGGCGCCCGAGCGGAUGAAGUCCAUGAGCACGGGGCUCUUCCUGGUGACGCUGUCCAUGGGGUUCUUCCUCAGCAGCUUCCUGGUGUUCGUCGUGCACGGCGUGACGCGGGGCACGUGGAUCCGGAACAACCUGGACCACGGGAGGCUCGACCUCUUCUACUGGAUGCUGGCCGUGCUCGGGGUGGCCAACUUCGCCGUGUUCCUGGUGUUCGCGCGGCGGCACGAAUACAAGCCCAGCAACGUGGCAACGGCGGCGGCACCCGCCGGCGGGGAGCAGGACGGCAACGGCGCCGCCACGAAGGAGAUGGACGACUUCGUCGCGGUCAAGGAGGCCGUCGAAGGGAUGGACGUGUAGGCACUAGGGAGUAGGCGCGCCAUGGAGUACCUAGGGAAUGCAUGCACUUGUGCGUAUGAUGAGCAAUCAUGUGAGUGCGUACUGAUGGCAUUGGGCUUUGGCUUUUCGGGUAGUGUAAGGCGAUUUCUUUUCUUCUUUUUUUGGCUUGCUUGUCAGUUUGCUGCUUUUGCUUCUGCCUGCUCUCCUGUAAACGACAAAGGAGACAAACAAAAUUGAGGCGAAGUUGUUAUCAGGCACUACAGAUCAAGAAAUGCUGAAAUCAGCUUUUCCGAGUC